GCAUUCAGAAUUGUUGUUGUCAAAGACGCACUUGACUGUCCAGGAAUCCAUCAAUCAAAAUGUCAUUUAGUGUACCAUUUUUCUAGAUAAAAUAUGGGUACUGGAGCAAGUUCGUCUGUUCCAGAGGGUGUCACUGCUAACCCUCGUCUUAUUUACACAGACAACUUAUCUAAACACGAUCGUAAGCAAUACAAACUCGACACCCCAGUCCUGAUUGAUGUAGAGCAUGGGUCGGUGAGAUACCGGUAUGGCUCAUACAAGGGGGAACCUGCCAACAAAUCCCGGAGAGUUGAGCGUCCAUUCCAGGGAGAGGAAAAAGUUGGCAAACAGAACUACUUCUAUCAUGCACGACUGAAUGAUUUCAGUGAAAAGUCAAAUCCCACUGUGGAAGACCAGCACAAGUUUCGUAUUGUGACACAUGGUCCGCCUCGAGCUAAAGACAAGAAAUUGUUCUAUGUGUACAGCAUUGGCUGGAAUAAGAACGCUGACGGAAAGAGAGUUCUGCCAACUAUGUCUAAAGAGGAAGGAAAUGACUACGCCUGGCCCCAAAUCCGAAAACCAAACAAUGUGUAUUAUAACCUGGUCUUCAGUAGUGAAGGUGGUGAUAGUUCAGGGGAGAUUACUCCAGAGGACAGACUCCAAAACAACUUGUCAUCUACAGCCAACAGGCAGAGUGUGGAAUUACAACUGUCUGAGGAAGAUACAGUGAGAGAGGUGAAAAAGUUCCUGGCUGCAAAAAUUCUGAAAUCUGCCAGUGAUAUCCAUGUUUGCUUUGAAAAACAAGAACUCAGGGAAGAAGAUGUGAUCGGUGAUCUAAGAAAGGAAGAGGAUGGACAAAAUUCUAAUUUCUCUGUGAAUCUACUGCUUAUAUAAUAACCAAAAAAAAAAAGGAUAAAAAAAUGACAAACUGCAUUAAAUUAUACAUCUAUAACAAUUAAGUUCAUAAUAACAAUUGUUAAAAAUAUCUCAGUAAUGAUAAAUGGAUAUAUAUUGUUUGAUAAAUAGAAUUAAAGUAUAAGCAGUUCUAAAAUAGAAUAAUUAUUGAAUAUUCAAACAGCUGAUAAACUCAUCUGAUUAAUUUAAAUUUUAUCAAAUAUUUGGUUACAAUUGUAUAAAUUAUCAGCAGAUUUUAAAUGUACAUGUAAUGCAGGUCUAUGGUAUUGGUUCCAUACUCGAAACCUUGUAAAAUUGGAUAAAACACAGGUGUAGUUGUAAUAUUGGAGUAGGUUAAGCAUUCAAACAUACAAGUUCACCUAUAUAUCUAAUAUGUGUAGUUGUGUUUUUAGCCUACUACUUUUUUAGGCAACUAGAUGUACAUGCAGAUAUAUAUAUAUUUUUUUCUAAAACUAGUUUUAGGUGGUGACUAUAUUCAUACUAUAGAUAAAUCAUUUCAAAUAAUAUUAAUAUUAAUUAUUGUCGAUGUAUCUGUGUCUACAGAACAUCUUUUUGUAUGUAUUUUUUAAAAAUUCAUUUUCAAUAUUUAUCCAUCAUGUAAAAAAUAACAUAUGUAUAUAAAUACUUCACACAUACUUUACAUAUGUAUAUGAUCCGAUGUAUACAAUGUAUAUUUUCAA